AUGAAAGUUGAAGUUAAUACCCAAAAUAAUGUUGGGGGUAAAUUAAGUAUAGGUGCAGAUAUAUUGAAUAAAGAUGACAAUGGUAUAAUAAGUAAUACAAUGAAAUAUUCAAUACCGUUAUUGCUAAAAUUAAGGGAAAAAUUAGGUAUAAAGAGUAUAAUAAAUGAUGAUUAUGUGGAUCUUAUGCGUACUUUAUUAUUAGAGGAAAGACCGAACUUCAUUGAAACUAACGAUACAAGUAAACAUUUUGGUGGGAGAUUUAGCUUAUCUGGAUUUAGUUCAAGAGGUAGUAGGAAUAGUUCACGAAAUAGACUUAGUCAUGGUAGCUCAAGUAAAAGAAGUAUUGUAAAAGUUGAAGAUGAUGAUAUAUGGGAUAUGCCUUGUACAUCUAGCGCUGAUAUUACUUUAGGUGACAUAAGGGAAGCAGAAUCUAGGAUGAAAGCUGAAGAUUUGACAUUAGAUCAAUAUGUAGAAAAGCAUAAAGGGUCCUUAGAGAAAAAAUCAAUCCAAAAUAAAGAAAUAACAAAUAAUAAUAAGAAUAGUGACAGUAAUAGUAAUAUAAGUGGACCUCCAAUAAAUUCUUUAAGUAAUAUAAACGCUAAAGAUAAUACUAAUACUAAUGUUAUCAAUAAUGAUACUAAUAUCUUUAAGCAGCCUAAUAACUUUAUAGGUUCUUUUACAAGUUUAAAUGAUACAAGUACAGGUACUAAAUCAUCAUAUAUUUCUGAGACUUUUUUAAAAGGACCAGCUAAUUUAUCUUUAUUUGAUGUUAAUACUCCAUUAUUUGAUGAUGAUACUAAUGACAAUGAUGUUAGGCUUCCAUUAGGAUCUAAUCCAAAUAAUAUCACUGUAAAUACAAAUAAUAUAGCAAAUCCAGGUGUAUUUAGUUGGUCAAAUAGAUCAUCUUCUGUACAGUGUAAUAACAUUUUAAAUGUAUCUACUUCCUUUCCGGCCUUAUCAAAGAUUGGUAAUGUACCAAUAACAAUAAAACAAGCGAUUGAUAAUUCUUCUAUACAGGAACCUAAUAUAUUGCAGAGAUUACAAACAUCUGUAGUUACUAAGCAAAGUGAUGUGAAGCAUUCAUUUACUGAUCCUAGAUUACAACAUGGAGUAGUUGAUUUAACGUAUCAGCAGUCACUUUCUAGCAUUACAAAUAAUAAUAGAAGAUCAAGUUUUUCUACUAAUCAGGUGCAAAAUUCCACCAAUUUAAAUAGAUCUUCAAUUCCACCAUCAUUUACAGAAUAUCCCCCUUUAUCUUCUGCUUCUAUACCACCUCAUUCAAUAAAUCAGAUGCAAUAUAAUAGGCAGAAUACUAUUAAGACUAAUGAUGCUGGGAGAUUAUUAAUGUCUAUAAUUGGUGCUGGAUCUUUUUACAAUAAUAAUUCUAAUAAUCAGAAUCAAAAUAACCACUAUUAUUACCAAAGUAAUAAUGGGAAUAGGUAA